AUGGACACGACAGGAUUCACUGAAAACCAACUCAUGGUCCGUGAGUCGGUCAGCCAGGUCUGCUCCAAUUUCCCCAAUACCUACUGGCAGAAUCUCGACCAAACCGAGACCGACCCCAAGGAUUUCCAUGCCGCACUAGCCAAGGACGGAUGGUUAGGCGUGGCAUUACCCGAGGAAUUUGGAGGAUCAGGCCUGGGCAUUUCAGAAGCUACUAUGAUGAUGCAGACCAUCACCGAGUCCGGCGCCGGGAUGGCGGGCGCCCAGGCCAUUCACGCCAAUAUCUACGCAACACAGCCACUGGCCAAGUUUGGCUCAGAAGAGAUGCUCAAGUCGAUACCUGAUAUCGUAUCCGGUAAGACACGGGUGUGCUUUGGCGUAACAGAACCCAACGCCGGGCUCAACACGCUCAGUCUGUCCACGGCGGCAAAGGACGUCGGUGAUGGCUACAGCAUCACGGGUCAAAAGAUCUGGAUUACCUGUGCACAGGUGGCUUCCAAGAUGAUCCUGCUAGCCCGCACCACUCCGCUUGAGGAGGUCAAGAAACCCAGCGAGGGCUUGUCCCUGUUCUUUAUCGAUCUGGAUCGUACGAAGCCCGGGUUGGAUAUGCGAAAGAUCAAGAAGAUGGGAGGCCGAGCCGUGGAUGCCAACGAAGUCUUCUUUGACAACUACGUGAUUCCAAAGAGCACUCUUAUCGGCUCCGAAGGCCAGGGCUUCAAGAUUGUGCUUCACGGGAUGAAUGCAGAGAGAUGCUUGCUGGCUGGUGAGGCCUUGGGUCUGGGAUAUGCGGCACUGGCCAAGGCAGCAGGGUACGCCAAGGAACGCGUCGUCUUCAACAGGCCUAUUGGCAUGAAUCAAGGAAUUGCCCAUCCCCUUGCCGACGCUUACAUGCGUUUGGAGGCGGCCAAGUUGGCUACAUACCACGCCGCCAGACUCUAUGACAACAGCAAAACCGGGUCUGCAGUCAGCCCGCAUGCGAUCGGGGUUGCCUGCAACAGCGCAAAAUAUCUUGCUGCCGAAGCGGCAUUUACUGCUUGUGAGCGGGCUGUUCUUACGCAUGGCGGCAUGGGCUAUGCGAUGGAAUAUGACGUGGAGCGGUGGUUCAGGGAGUGUCUUGUGCCUCGAAUCGCUCCAGUAAGUCGAGAGAUGAUUCUCAACUUUAUCUCAGAAAGGGUACUGGACUUGCCACGAAGCUAUUAA